AUGUCGUCGCCGUACCUGACCGCCCGCCGGCCAUCCCUAGCUAUAGCCGCACUAUCAGACGCCUUCCUAGCGCUCUCACUGACGCUGCGCACGUCGCGGCGGCGACUGCUAGUGUCGUGGGUGUACACGCCCGCGGGGAUCCUGCUGAUGCUGCUCGCGUGCUGGGGCGUCGACUCGGUCAUCCGGCUGACGGGCGUGUCGUUCCCCGCGAGCGUGGCGGGCAUGGUGUUGUUGUUUGCGGGGCUGGUGGGGUGUCGCGCGGUGCUGGGGGAGCGGAGGACGAGGCGGGUGGUGGGGGUUGUGGAUGUGCCGACCGGCUUCGCCCUACGCUACAUCAACGUCUUCUUCACCCCCAGCUUCAUCCUCCUCCCUCUCAGCCCGCGCAUCGGCGGCGUCGAGAUCGGCAAGAUAAUCGCAAUCUUCAUAAUCGGCUUCGUCGUAAUGCUCGUCAUCACCGCCUACAUGGUGCAAGCGCUCCAAGCGCUCUUCCACACCUCCAAGCCCGAGCACACCUCCUCCGAAAGCACCUCCGACUCGAUCCCCCUCACCAACACCCCCGCUCCCCCAGCGCAGUCCACAAACACCAGCACCACCACCACACCCCAAGCCUCACUCCCAACCCUUCCCCCGCCGCAGCCCGCCGCAGAGCCAACCCACCUCCGCGGCCCCGGCCCCCAAUGCGCCUUCGCAGCACAGACGCCCGCGCUGCUGUCCAUCCUGCGGCAAGAGGGUGCGCCGCUAGCCCGGGCACAGCGGUGGGCCGCAUUCCUAACCACCCAUCUCGACACCGCCGUGUACUCGCUCCUCCUGCUGGUGGGGGUAGUGGUGUUCUACACCACCUCCUACGCCAUGCCACUACACCUCGCGCUCAACGUGCUCACCUACACGCUCUCCCUCUCCCUCCCCGCCAAGGCCCGGCGCAUCCUACACCCCGUGCUGACCACCUCCCUGCUCACGCUCCUCCUGCUAACCCUCCUCUCCCUCACCGCGCACCAGCCGCUCGCAGCAACGCUCAAAACCUACUCCACCUCCACGCGCUACCUCACCCUCUUCCGCAACCACCCCCACCCGCUGCCAGGCGCAGGCGACAUCUUCGCCUCCCUCCUCGACGCGUCCAUCGUCUCCCUCGCCCUCCCCAUGUACGCCCAGCGCGCAACCCUACACACCCACCUCCCCAGCAUCCUCCUCCCCAGCACCACCCUCGCCGCCGCAACCCUCUUCGCCUACCCCACGCUCUGCCAUCUUCUUGGCCUCGCGCCCACCCGCUCGCUGGCCUUCGGCGCGCGCAGCCUCACGCUCGCGCUGGCGCUGCCGGCCGUGGGGAACCUGGGCGGCGACGCGAACUUGGUGGCUGUGCUGUGCAUCAUGAGUGGGAUUGUGGGCGUGCUCGUGGGCGGCGGGGUGUUACGGGUUGUCGGCGUGAAGAGGGGGACUAUGUGA